AGCGAGCGCGUCCGGCUGCGUAAAUCCUUCGCCGGCAAUGGUGGCUCGGAAAUUCCUCGUCCACCACGGCGGUUCCGCCUUCGAUCUCGACUACGACACCGACGAUGGCUUCGAAGUGCUCAAAUUCCAGCUCUUCUCUCUGACAUCCGUCCCUCCGGAGCAGCAAAAGAUAUUGGGAGGUGAUGAUGAUCGUAUAGUAUCAAGUGAUUUGGAUCUUGAAUCUAUUUCUGAGAAGCUACGGUUGGUGUCAAUUGAUGAGGAUGGAAAUGAAGGAGAAGAGGAAAAACCUGCUGUGGAUUUCUUUUCAUCUGAUGAAGAAUUGGCUCGAAUGCUACAGGCGGAAGAGGAAGCACUAAUGAUGCAACAGUUUGUAUCAAAUGAAAAUAGAGAGCAAGCUGAGCAGAGGAUCCGACCUUAUGUAGAUCAAGUUCUAUUGUAUGAAGACCCACGUCGGCAAGAUGCAGCUUGUAAAACAGUUCCAGUUGACAAACUCCAGGAAAAAGCAAUGGUUGCACUGGCUAGGGAAGGAACUUUCAAGCCAUCAAAAGAUGAAGUUGAUCACGCAUUCCUGUUGCAGUUGCUCUUCUGGUUUAAGCAGUCAUUCAGGUGGGUAGAUGCACCUCCAUGUGACAGUUGUACUAAUGACACAAGUAUGCAGGGCAUGGGAGUUCCAAAUAGUUCAGAGUCACUUUAUGGGGCAUCUCGCAUUGAACUUUUCGGCUGCAAAUCAUGCUCAAAUGUAACCCGCUUUCCGAGAUACACUGAUCCACUUAAGCUCCUGGAAACUAGAAAGGGGCGCUGUGGGGAGUGGGCUAAUUGCUUCACACUCUAUUGUCGAGCCUUUGGCUAUGAAACUCGUUUGAUGCUGGAUUUCACAGAUCAUGUUUGGACAGAGUGUUUUUCACCAUUCUUGGGAAGAUGGAUGCAUCUUGAUCCUUGUGAAAGCAUAUAUGAUACUCCACUACUAUAUGAGAAAGGGUGGAACAAGAAAUUAAACUAUGUAAUUGCAAUAGCUUACAAUGGUGUUUCUGAUGCUACAAAGCGAUACACAAGAAAGUGGCAUGAGGUGUUAUCUCGAAGAGCCCUAACUACUGAGCCUGUUUUAGCAAGAAUCUUAUCUGAUAUUACAAGAGAUCUUCGUAAAAACUUCACAUCUGAUGUGUUAGUAAAGCUUGAGGAACGUGACAAGAGUGAAGUAGAAGAACUUGAAAGGAACUUGUACUCCAAAGAUGAUAAUUCUGUUUCACUUCCAGGAAGACAAAGUGGGGAUAAGGAAUGGCGUAUAUCAAGAUCCGAAUUUGGUUCUGAUGAGCAUUGUUCUGUGAGUGCAUCAUCUUGUCCAGUUCGGAAAUGUGUUGAUGAGCAUGUGACAAAAUUAUAUGAUGCAUUUUCUCCUAUCAUUUCUCAAUUAGUAAAUCAAGCAUCUGAGAAAUCAAAGGCAACAGAAGUUCUUGGAAUUUUUAGAAGAAUUUUAGUUACUCUGAAAAGCAUGCCAUUCAAAACCAGGAGAACUAUAGUAACUGACGUAUCUACUAAUCCAGUGUUUAGUGAAAUGCUACCAUCUUUUGGUAAAUUGUUGGAUGCCUUGUCAUUGAAGUAUGAAUCACAUGCUGACGGGACUCAAUCUAUAUGCAUUGCCUCGGAUCCUGUCCUGACCUCCUUGUCACUGCCUGUUGCCUUUCAUGCACUGGAUGACUUGAUUCAUAAUGUCAAUAUUUGUGGGAAGUUGACCAAAGGCUCUUUAUCUUGGCCCCUUCUGAAGUUAAAUAGAAUCUGUUCUGGUUUUGUACUUGCAAGUGGCGAGGAGCUUCCUUUUGGGAUUGCCACUUCGGCAUUUGAUGGAACUCGCAUGUCAAAGUGGGAAGAACCAAAUGGUGCAACAGGUUGUUGGAUCAUAUAUAAGGUGUUUGAUAACCGGAUGCAUGAGCUAGCUGCUUAUGAACUAAUGUCAGCCAAUGAUGCUCCAGAGAGAGAUCCAAUGGACUGGAUCCUUGAAGGGAGUGAAGAUGGAGGGUCCAGCUGGCGGAUUCUGGAUAACCAAGCCUCCCAGAAGUUCCACCAACGUUUCCAGCGAAAAACAUUUGAAAUCAAAUCGCAGUCAUUCUUGGCUAAUGCCUUCAGAUUUAGGUUUCUUGCAGUUCAAGAUUCAAAAUCAACAACAAGGUUUCAAAUUGGCAGCAUUGAUCUCUAUGCCAAAGCUGCCACUGUUCCUGUCACCAAAUAUGGCGCCGGCGAGCAGAGUGAAGGUGCACUCCAUACUCAGCGUCGUCUCCAGCAAGCCGAUCGAGCCAGGGAGGAUUCACCAUCUCUCCGUCCUCGAUCAAGCCGCAGCUCUCCACUCUCUUCAUCUCGUCUUCUACUACAAGUCCAAUCCCUUCGUCGCCGGCGCUUUGCCCUACAUGGACAGCCUCCGCGAGUCGCUGUCGAAGCUGCUCGACCAGUUCCCCGUCGUGACGGGGCGGCUUUCCCGAGGCUCCGACGGCGGGUGGUUUAUCAAGUUUAACGACGCCGGAGUGAGGAUUCUCCACGCCGCCGUCGACGCGACGCUCGAUGACUGGCUGAGAUCCGCCGACGCCGCGGAGGAAAAGGAUCUCACCGCGUGGGAGGACAUGCCGCCGGAACCUACCUUCUGGUCGCCGU